UGAACGCACACGCGGCCCUCACACUCUUCCUUGUCGUUUACUCGAUACUACUCCACAAUUCUCGACACCCGCUCGACGCUCCGUAUCCGUGAAUCCGUGAAUCCGUGUGUCCGUGUGUCCCGUGUGUUCCGUUCGCUCGUCCGUCCGUCCGUUCGUUCGUUCAUUCGUUCUGUGCGUGUCCAUCAUCAUCAUCACCAUCAUCAUCAUCAGCACCACGCUCUGUGUACGCCUCUGCCUCUUUCAAGUGAAUCGCUGCUAAAAAAAAAGGUUCCUAAAAGAGGAAAAACAAAGUGCUACAUCAGAGUGAUCUACUAGGUCGCUACACCCGCCGUCACCUCCUCCCCUAUUCCGUCCUCUUCGCCCCUCGCCCCCCUUCUUCUGCACAGCACGCGUGCGUGAUCUCGCAAGAGAUCUCGUCCCCCCCGGCAGCCACCCUGUAUCUGCAACCGACCGCCGCCACCAUGAAUGGCUCCGGCUACGACAUAAGCACCAACGGGGACAUCCUGCUACAGAACCAGCAGAAGGGCUGGUGGACGAUCGGGCUGAUCAAUGGCCAGUACAAAUACAUGACGGCCGAAACGUUCGGCUACAAGCUGAACGCCAACGGUGCCAGCCUCAAGAAGAAGCAGCUCUGGACGCUCGAGCCCUCCAACACUGGCGACAGCAUCAUCUAUCUGAAAUCGCACCUCGGCCGCUACCUAUCGGUCGACACGUUCGGUAACGUGCUGUGCGAGUCGGAGGAGCGUGACGCCGGCAGCCGGUUCCAGAUCAGCAUCACCGACGACAAUUCGGGCCGCUGGGCGCUGAAGAACGAGCAGCGGGGCUACUUCCUCGGUGGCACACCGGAGAAGCUGACCUGCACGGCAAAGGCACCGGGCAAGAGCGAACUGUGGAGCGUGCAUCUGGCGGCCCGGCCCCAGGUGAACCUGCGCUCGGUCGGCCGCAAGCGGUUCGCGCACCUGUCCGACUCGCAGGAUGAGAUCCACGUCGACGCAAACAUUCCGUGGGGCGAGGAUACGCUCUUCACGCUCGAGUUCCGCGCCGACGAGGAGGGCCGGUACGCACUGCACACGUGCAACAACAGAUACCUCAACUCGAACGGCAAGCUGGAGGUGCGCUGCACCGAGGACUGCCUGUUCUCGGCUGAGUACCACAGCGGGCACCUGGCGCUGCGCGAUCGCCACGGUCUGUAUCUGUCGCCGAUUGGCUCGAAGGCGGUGCUCAAGUCACGCUCGCAGACGGUGACACGGGACGAGCUGUUCUCGCUCGAGGACUCGCUGCCGCAGGCCUCGUUCAUCGCGGCACUCAACAGCAAGUACGUGUCGGUGAAGCAGGGCGUGGACGUGACGGCCAACCAGGACGAGAUCGGCGAGAACGAAACGUUCCAGCUCGAGUUCGACUGGUCGGCACACCGGUGGGCACUGCGCACCACCCAGGACCGCUACUGGUGCCUGUCGACUGGCGGUGGCAUUCAGGCGACCGGUAACCGCCGGUCGGCCGACGCCCUGUUCGAGCUCGAGUGGCACGGCGACGGUUCGGUGUCGUUCCGUGCCAACAACGGCAAGCUGCUGGCCACCAAGCGCUCCGGUCACCUGUUUGCGACGGCCGAGGCGAUCGAGGAGACGACCAAGUUCUACUUCUAUCUCAUCAACCGCCCGAUUCUGGUGCUCAAGUGCGAGCAGGGUUUCGUCGGUUAUCGCGCACCCGGCAGCAACAAGCUCGAGUGCAAUAAGGCGAUCUACGAGACGAUCCUGGUCGAGCGGGCCCAAAAGGGUAUCGUGCACUUUAAGGGACAAAACGGCAAAUACUGGCGUGUGGAUGGUGAGGGCAUUGCGGCCGAUUCGGAUGUACCGUGCGAUGGGUUCUUCAUCGAGCUGCGCGAACCGACGCGCAUCUGUCUCCGCUCGAGCGAUGGCCGCUACCUGGGUGCCACUAAGAACGGCACGUUCAAGCUCGUCGACACCGGCUACGACACAGCCACCCAGUGGGAGUACUAGAUCCCGCGCCAACUUCACGCACCACCACUCACUACACCUCAUCACCUCCGCACGAGCGGGGUACGACCAGACCCCCAUCGUCAUCCUAACCGCCUGCAGGCCCUUCCGUGCACUGCAGGCGUCGUGCUGCCGAUGAACGACUGAACUGCAUCUCAAACUACUCGUUACACACAUACACACACCGUCUAAGAUUGCGUUAGAAUUUAUGGUUCCAUCUGCAGAACCGAUCGGCGCAUUCCGUCUCUCUCUCUCUCUCUCAUUAUCUUUUUAUCACUCUGACCCCCCUCCCCUCCUCCUCUGGUUUUCCCUCGGAUUGUAACGGUCGUACCGUGACAGUCGUACCGAGGGCUAUCGAGGGUUUGAUGAAUGGCCUAUCCAUGUUUUGUGUAACUGGCUACCGGCAUCAGAUAUUUCGAUACGUCUACAACACUUACAACACUAACGUGUUAACAUACACACAUACACACAUACACACACACACACACAGCGACACAUACCAACUCAAAACACGUAAUUAUUAUAUAUAAAUAUAAAUCUAGACAUUACCGUGUAGUCUACGUUGGGGAUGCAGUUCCUGUAUCUCUGCCCACCUUCUUACCCUGCCAUCUUCCUCUCCCGCAUGUGGUGCUUGCUAAAUCGGACGAGUGUUUAGAUGCCACUCCGCUCGAUACAUUCACAUUUAGAAGCUAGCGCUCGAGAGCAUACCGUGCCGUGCUAAUAGUGCGGAAGCGAUGCGAUAAGGUGAGCGAGAGAGCGAAAAAAAGAAGAAAAGAGAAGAAGAGAGCGAAUUCGGACAAUUAGCACCUAUUAGGGUUCCUCCUAGCCUCGGGCCCCUUCCCCCUGUCUAGAAUGCGGUAAUGCGCGACGCACGCGAGCGAAUCAGGGAAGCUAAAGCCAAAUACUCGAAUCACGACACACACACACACACACACACACACACACACACACACACACAGAGGCACACACUGUGCUGUCACCAUCCUACCUCUCCUUUCUCGCGAUCUACGAUCACUUUACUCUUUCCAUGGCCCUGCUGCGCCAACGUUUCUACCUCAUGCGGGGCGGGCCGGGGAGCGAAUGCUGAGAAGGAAGCAAUAUUAAGGAGGAGAGGGGGCAGGGGGGAGGUGGAAUUGAAACUAAAACAAACAGACCCAGGAACAUCCAGGGACUAAAAUAACAACAGCAACGGAGCGGCGGGAAGGAGGGAACCUCAGGCACUCAUGCAAAUUAGGAGAUACAGUGGUUAGCGAGAGGAGGAAGGAGGGGAGGGGGGGGGGUGAUGGAAGGAUG